AUGAGCAAGAGGAUGCCACCCUCGCUCCAGCAUCUCGCCAUGCAGAGUCUGCUGAGGCAACCAGCCCUGGCGAUCCCUGGCUUGGAGGAUCUACCAGUGCUGCUGUUCCUGUCCAUCUUCAUGGAGGCCUAUACUGGAGGCCAGAGAGAGGUGCUGAAAGCCAUGGUGCAGGCCUGGCCCUCCCCCUGCCUCCCCCUGGGGGACCUGGCACAGUCCCCACACCCACGAACCUUCAAGGCUGUCCUGGAUGGGCUCAAUCUGCUACUUGCCAAGAAGGAGUGCCCCAGUCGGUGGAAACUGCAAGUGCUUGGUCUGCAGAAAGAGCAUCCGAACGUCUGGACAUGGGGGUACACGGCCAUGGCCCAAAUCUCCUAUCCAGACAUCCUGACUGAGAAGCCAACAGUGAGUCGCUGUGCAGGGAUGACAGAAGAGCAGCCAUUGAAGAUAGUCAUGGAUCUGACCAUUAAACAUGAGGUUCUGGAGAUGCUGAGGCUAGACUUUGUCCAGGAGUUGGUGGUCAGUGAAUUCUGGAGUCCACAUACCAUGCAAGUAUGUGCUCCUUAUCUGAGCUGGAUGAGAAACCUUCGACGCCUGAAGAUUUCCAACACGUUUGACCAUAUGUAUACUGUUGAAAGGCAGAGUCCAUACUGUGCCUGGAAGUUCAAGGCCCGCUAUUGGCGUCUUCCGCAUGUCAAUCAGCUUCAUAUGGAAACCAUCAUGUUCCAUCCUGAAAACCUGCUGUCCAUCCUUAGGAGCCUGGGGCCACUGAAGACCUUCUCACUGAAUAUGUGUUCCCUGGGGGAGGCGGACUUGGAGUCUCUAUCCCAGAGUCCUCACACUGGACAGCUCCAGCACCUGUUUCUCAGGUGUUCAUCCCUGGGGGUCUUCAGGCCUGAGUCCCUGAGGGACCUGCUGGGGUUCCUGGCCUGCACCCUGGAGACCCUGGGCCUGGAUGUCUGUGACUUGACUGAUGCCCAGCUCUCUGCCAUCCUGCCUGUCCUGAGCCAGUGGUCCUGGCUCCGCUUCAUCAGUUGCUUUGGCAACCCUAUCUCCUUGGCCGCCCUGCAGGAGCUCCUGAGCCUCAUGGCCAGGAUGGGCCACUUGAAAAGGGGGCUCUAUCCUGCCCCUCUGGAGAGCUACGAAGACCCAGACAAUGGCGACCCAGAGGAUAUUGACCCUGAGAGAUUCGAAGAAGUUCUGGCUAACCUUUCAUCCUGUGACCUGAGGGACCUGCUGCAGUUCCUAGCCCGCACCCUGGAGACCCGGGCAAUGGAACUCUGUGACAUGACUGAUGCCCAGCUCUUUGCCAUCCUGCCUGUCCUGAGCCAGUGCUCCAGGCUCCGCUUCAUCAGUUUCUAUGGAAACCCCAUCUCCUUGGCCGCCCUCCAGGAGCUCCUGAGCCUCUCAGCCAGGAUGGGCCAUUUGAGACAAGGGCUCUAUCCUGCUCACCCUGGAGAGCUACGAAGACCAAGACGAUGGUGA